UACUGGAGCCCUUCUCCGUACAUUUUCUUAUGCAGACAGAAGCGAGGGGAGAGUGAAAUAACAUGGAGGUUACUGAAAAAUGUAAGAGAAAGAGAGAGAAAAUGCAGAUAAUUAAAAGUACAGAGGACUCAUUGUUCGUUGUUUACUGCAUUUACAUAGCGUCGCCAUUAAUACACAGAUCGAACUGCAUUAAGGAGCAAGUCUCAGAAGCAUGUGGACUCAGCUUCAUGUCUGUUUCGAUGAAUUUAGAGGUUGAUUGUAUUCCCUCUAUUGAGAAUGGGGAAUUAUUGCUUAGAAAUGCUUCAGUCUUUGACCGAGGUAAGCAUCUUGGUGGUGAUUGGUUUUGCAUUUGAGUUCGCAAGAAUGGAAAAGAUGCCACAAGAUAUUUGAGAAUGAAGAAGUGGACUGGAGGUACUUUAAUUGUCAUCUUGGCUUUAGUCUUGGUACUGAGAUAUAGUCUUAUGGAAUCACCUCCUCAAAAUGAUUCACCAUCCACUUUCUUUAAGAACCUCUCCAAGGAGAGUCCUCCGAUGAAAGCACAUAACAUUGACAAUCGUUCUAAACCUAUGGAAAGAGUCAGUCAUGCGAAGAAACCUCAUAUUGUCAAUCUUGAAGGGAUUGAUUACUUAUUCUCCUCAGACAAUAUCUCUGAAAAGGAGUCCAUGGUAAAAAUCACAUGGGCCCAAAUGCGUUACUUGAUUUCCAGAUCGGACGCUUUACCUGGAACUGCUGAAGGGGUCAAAGAAGCUGCCAUUGCAUGGAAGGAUCUGGUUGCCACCAUUGAAGAGGACAAGCUUUCAAAGAUAGUAAAUGGGAGCAAAGUUAGGAACGGUUCAUAUGAUUCAAGUUGCCCUUUUUCUAUAGCUGCAACAGAUGUGUCCGAAUCACAAACUAGAACUCUUUUCCAGAUUCCUUGUGGGCUUGUUCAGGAUUCUUCAAUCACAGUGGUUGGUAUUCCAAUUGGACUUCUUAACUUUAAGAUUCAACUUAUUGGCCUAAAAGCUUCAGAUGGGCCAGAUCCACCUGUUAUAUUAGAUUACAAUGUACAUUUACAAGGGGAUAACUUGACAGAGGAACCAGUCAUUAUUCAGAAUACAUGGAGUUCAAUACUCAAGUUGGGUAAAGAGGAAAGAUGUCCUGCUCCUGCUUCCUCAAAUAACGUGAAAGACAAGGUCGACGGACUUGGUCCUUGUAAUGAGCAAGUUGGCAGAAUUUCUACGCAAGAGAAAUCUAGUGGGAAACAGCCUCACAUUCCAAAGUGGUUCAAUGCUUCAAGGGGAAGCACAGAUAGAAAAUUUUCCUUUCCAUUUGUUGAAGGACAUCCGUUUACUGCAACUCUGUGGGUUGGUAUGGAGGGGUUCCACAUGACUGUUGAUGGGAAGCAUGUCACAUCUUUUCCUUACAGGGAGAGCCUGGAACCAUGGUUAGUUAGUGGAGUGAGAUUAGCCGGUGAUUUGCGACUCCUAUCUGCUCUUGCCAAUGGUCUCCCAAUAUCUGAAGAUAUAGCUCUUGUUCCUGACUUGGAGAAGCUCAAAGCUCCUCCUCUCUCCAAGAAAAGACUUGUGAUGCUGGCUGGAGUUUUCUCAACGGGGAAUAAUUUUGAGCGUCGAAUGGCAAUAAGGAGGUCCUGGAUGCUGUAUGAUGCUAUUCGUUCUGGAAAUGUAGCUGUACGUUUCUUUGUUGGUCUGCACAAGAACAAGCAAGUCAAUAUUGAACUCUGGGAAGAGGCCCAAACAUAUGGUGAUAUCCAGCUCAUGCCUUUUGUUGAUUAUUACAGCCUCAUCACAUUAAAAACAAUUGCUUUAUGCAUUUUUGGGACAAAAAUACUCCAGGCAAAAUAUAUUAUGAAAACCGAUGAUGAUGCUUUCGUAAGGAUCGAUGAAGUUCUCCAUAGUCUCAGGGAAAAGAAGGUCACACAAGGCCUUUUGUAUGGGCUGAUAUCCAUGGACUCUGAGCCUCACAGGAAUAAAGACAGCAAAUGGUACAUCAGUACUGAGGAAUGGCCCCAUGCUAAGUACCCGCCAUGGGCUCAUGGUCCCGGUUAUAUUAUCUCCCGGGACAUUGCGAAAUUCAUUGUCCAACGUCACCAAUCAAGAAAUCUAAAUCUCUUCAAACUAGAAGAUGUUGCUAUGGGCAUAUGGAUAGAGGAAUUCAAGAAAAGUGGGCAAGAGGUAAAUUAUAUCAACAAUUUGCAGUUUCGUAAUGCUGGUUGUGAGAGCGAUUACAUCCUCGCUCAUUAUCAGGGACCAAGAUUAAUGCUUUGCCUGUGGCAGAAGCUCCAGCAGGAACACCAGCCUGUAUGUUGUGAAUAGUGAUUCCAUUUUUGUGAUUUUGUAGCGAACUCUAAAAGUUUUGAAACUCUUGGAAAUGUAAUUCUAUUUUUUCCAACAUGCUAUUCUGAAUUUGAGAGAGAGAGUCAUUUCCGGAAAUUCAGAGACUUGGUAGUGCGUGAACAACUUUUGGUGGUUUCUCUCAUGGAGAUAUCAUGUGGCAGUUAUUUAAAGAUGUGUCAUAUAAAACCAUUGCAUCUUGUUCAUUUACUUAGA